AGACUACAUUUCCCAGAGGCCCGUGUCUUAGGACCUCGGCCGGCCGCCCUCUCACCGACUCUUGAAACUAACGGCGAACAGCCGCAUAGACCGAUGCAGCGGGAAGGAGCUUGAUGGAUUAUGACAGAAGGAGAGAAAGCACACCGCAGGGACAGCCAGCACCGUCGUUAGUAACACAGGAACAAAGCGGCCACCUAUGAUGCGUGUUGGUAGAGGAGGAGGAGCCCGGGGAAGGACCCCUUGUGUUUCUGGCGGUUGGUGGAAGCGGCGAGAAGGCGGCGUGCCAGGGUAAACCAAGAUGACAAAGAAGAGAAAGCGUCAAGAUGACUUUCAAAAGGUGAAACUUAAAGUUGGCAAAAGAAAACCAAAAGCAGAUAAUGUAACCAAUACCAAAUUCAAAACACGUGCCAUCCAUGUUCCACAGCAACUGAAGAGUGAUGCAUCAUUACCAACAAAUCACCGUAAACUUAAUAUAAAGGAUCUGCUGACACAGUUGCACCAUUAUAGUUCGGGCAUUAAACAGAGUGCUCUGAUUGGUCUAAAAGACCUUGUAUCGCAACAUCCAUCAGUAAUCACAUCUCACCUCUCCAAUAUUCUCAGUGACGUAGCAGCUGUGUUCACAGACAAAGACCCCACCGUGAGAUCAGCAACUGUUCAACUUUUAAACUUUCUAGCUCCUCGAAUCUCUGGUGAGCAGAUGGCCCCUUUUUAUCCUUUGGUUUGUGCACACCUUUCUAGUGCAAUGACUCACAUAGUAGAAGGGAUACAAGAGGAUGCCUUGAAGAUCUUAGAUGUUUUGUUGGAACAUUACCCUGAACUUCUUACAGACCAUAGCAGCAUCCUGCUGAAGAAUUUUCUGGAGCUAAUUUCUCAUCAGAAAUUGACAAAGGAAUUGAAAGCUGGAGGAAAAAUAUCUUGCUGGAUGUUAUCUGUCAACCCAAACCGCCGGGUUACUUCUCAGCAGUGGCGGCUCAAUGUAUUGAGUAGGUUAAGAAAAUUCUUACAGGCAAUUGUUGAAGGUUCAAGCCAAUCUGUGGAGAAUGAAGCCAUUUUUGAGAUUGAUGACAGGAUUGGGUCUGAGCAUGUGACCACAUUGCAGGUCAGCUGGGAGAAUUACAUAACUGGACAGCAGCGUAUACAGUUGUACGAACACUCUGGAUCUCAACCCAGUACUGUGAUUCCGUUCAGGCUAAGACCUCUUGACACUGAAGGUUUAUCCUCUUUGGAAAAUCUGAAAGGGUUUGUUCAGAUACUCAUACCCCUUCUUUUGGAGUGUUGGAUGGAAGCCUCUCCGGCUCAGCUAACAGGUGCCAUACCAAGUAACCUACUUGAACCAGAAGCCAUGAUGCUUAAGUUGCAAGUUCUCAGCAUCAUCCAACUAUUAUGGAAACUAAUGCAGCGCCAAGAUGAAAGUCAGAAACUGGAAUCCUGGCUACGGAAUCACUAUCUCUCUGAUUUUAAAGAUCAGUUCAUAAAAAAUUUUCCUUAUUCUGUGUUGGAAACAGCUGGACAUAAAAAGAAAGAUGGAGCAAAGAAGGACAAACAAGCAGCAACAUUCAUGAACAAUACAGACCAUCCUCUUGCAUUGAACCUUGCCUUGUGUCAAGUCAUGGUGUCACUCACCAGUGCCUUAACUGUCCAUCUGGAUGCUGACUGGUUAGAGCAAAUUCGAAAAUUUAUCUCCGAAAGCUUGUCAGAUGGCAGGAAGUUGACCUCUCAGCAACUGAAUGGGAUGCUGAUGUUGGUGUGGAGACUUGUACUUGUACAGUGCAACAGAGGUUCCACUGAAGAACUGCUGAGGGCAGUUUACACACAGUAUCAGCAGCAGGGUCUUUCACUUGCAGUUCGCACUAUGCUGCUUAACUUCUUUAGUGGUCUUUAUUUGAGAGAGAAAACUUCCAAUCUUCAGUUUGCGAGAAGCAAGGUGCUGACACGUUGGCUAGCUGGGCUGCCAUUACAGUUGGCUCAACUUGGUUCAAGGAAUCCACUUCUCUCAGUACAAUUGAUUGAUGUGAUACAUGCAGCAGCUGCUCGCUCGAACAAAGAACUUCUUCAGAGCCUCCAGAGUAAUGUCUACAGGUUAUAUGAUCCACAAGAUGGCACUCUGGUCCUACUUCCAUCUGAAGCACAGCGUUCUUUGGUGCAGCUUGUUUAUUUCUUACCGUUUAUUUCAUCUGAGUUAUUGUCUUGCCUCAGUCGUUGUUGCACCAUGGGAAGAGUGACCUCCAAACUAGCCAUUAGUCUUAUUCGUAUACUACAUAUAAGGUCAUCUUUUGGUGGAUGGACUUGUUCGGUUCCAGAAAGUCUGGUGAAUGAUGUGGAUUACUUCAGUUUUCUGUUUUCUACAUUGACAGGAUUCUCAGGAGAAGAAUUGACAUGGCUCCAGAGCAGCACCAGUAAUCCUCAUAUAAGUCAGUCCCAGUUUUCGUCAGUGCGUCUUUAUGUUACGGAUCUUGACCAGUUUGCACACCACUGGGCCUUGACUGAGGUGAUAUGUCAAUGUUUAUCAGCCAUACCAUCCAGAAUCCAGUGCUGUGAUAUUUUACAAAGUGCCAUUUGUAAGCAUCUGGUGAGUGUUCAUCUCUUGCCAGACAGCACCGCAGGGUCAAUCUUAAAAGCAGUUGGUCAGCUCAUAGAUCCAGCCUUUAUUCCUAAUGAGUGUUUGUUGAAUUUCCUUGCUGAGUGUUGCUACAGUAUCCUUUACUUCAUACUAACUUUGGAAAGGAACAGCAGAGGAAAUGCACAAAAAAGAGAAUUGCUGUGGGGAUCAUGCCUUACUGCACUGGUCCGCAUACCCCGCCUGCUGCGACUGAUGCUGCAGAGUUUGCGAGUAACUGACACCUGCCAGGAGGAGCUUCCUGUCGUUGCACAGAUCCUUCGUCUUCUGCUUCAACAAGUACAGCUUAGGCAGCAUAUGGUAGCAAAUGCAGCACUUGUGCAACAGGUCAUACAGGACAUCACGAACUUCAAAGCUGAAGAUUUCCAAGAGCAGUGGUUAAUUGACCUUCAUUAUUGCUUCAGACUCUACCUUACAACACAGCACAGAAAUUCAGCUAAUUUCACAGUGACCUAUUGAAAUGCAAGAAAUUCAGUAAAAUAUUGGUACUUGCUCUUAAGAAAUGCUACAUCAGAGAACAAUUAGAAAUGGGGUCUUGCGGCUCUAUAACUUUACAAACAUAUGGAAUAAGAUACUGUAUGCUCCGCUGUUGCUCAGGAUAGAAAUCUUUAGCUUGAAACCAUAGGGAUAGCAAUGGUUCAUUUGUUCUAUACUGAAGUUUAGAUUUAUUCAUUAGUUGAGAGUGAUGUAGCAUUUUUCAAGAUUAAUGCAUUUUUAUUCUGUAAGUAUGCAUGGAGAGUAUUCUAUACUCUUAUUAUUCACAGGAAAUUUCUGUUUGCAAUAAUAUUUCCAGACUGUCCUCAGUGAAAGUGUAAAGAUUUUGAUAAACCUGCAGAACUGUCUUUUCAUUGUGGUUUUUUGAGAACCAAUUGCACGUGUGCCUAAAAAUGUCUCUUAGCUACUUUCAAACUUGUUUCUGUCUCUUUGACCAAAGUCACUUUUGUCACAUUCCAUUUAUACUUCAGUGGUGACAGAAAAACUUAGUUUUCUUUGUAAAGAUGCAACUUGAUUCUUUCUAGAAUUUUCAAUUGUGAAUCUUGAUUAUGUAUCCUUUCACUAAUCAAUCUAUAUGACAGCUCCUUUUUAAUGGCAAAAUAUUUACUUGUUUUUGUUUGUGAUCAUGUAUUUUGUUACAGAAAUAAAAAAAAAUCUUUAUUGACAA